AUGAAUACUUUUGAGCUUUUGAGUCUGAGUAGUAAAGGUAAUAAAGACGAAAAUGGAUGGUUAAACGUCGAUGUUGUUUGUGAAUACGAGCCUGAGAAUGCAAAGCCUUCGUUCCUUUGUCAAAAUUUCUGGGCGGAAACAGUGCCGAAAAUCAGAGCGAAUCGGAGCAAAAAUGGAGUUUUUGAAACUGACAGCACAACUGCGCCUAGUCAGGCCACUGUUAGCAAGAGCGACGGUGCUCUUAGUAACUGGGGUAUGACAGCAGGUUACUGGAAUCAGUGGAGCGAGUGCUUCGCUAAAGAAGCACGAGUGAAACGGCUUGAACAGCAGCAGCUUGUGUUCCUUAGGCAGCCCGGAGGGAACUUUCAAGUGGAUGAGAUUAGUCGAGUGGUCUCAGUUGGAGAUGGGAUUGCAAGUGUUUAUGGAUUGAACAAGAUUCAAGCUAGGGAAAUGGUGGAAUUUGCCAGCGGUGUGAAAGGAAUAGCGUUGAAUCUUGAGAAUGAGAAUGUAGGGAUUGUUGUCUUUGGUAGUGAUACCGCCAUUAAAGAAGGAGAUCUUGUCAAGCGCACUGGAUCUAUUGUGGAUGUUCCUGCGAGAAAGGCCAUGUUAGGCUAUGUGGGCGACGCGUUGGGAGUACCUAUUAAUGGAAGAGGGGCUCUAAGCGAUCACGAACGAAGACGUGUCGAAGUGAAAGCCCCAGGGAUUAUUGAAUGUAAAUUUGUGCAUGAACCUAUGCAAACAGGGUUAAAAGCUGUGGAUAGCUUGGUUCCUAUAGGGCGCGGUCAGCGAGAAUUAAUUAUUGGGGACAGACAGACCGGGAAAACAGCAGUAGCCACAGAUACUAUUCUCAAUCAAAAAGGGCAAAAUGUAAUAUGUGUUUAUGUAGCUAUUGGUCAAAAAGCAUCUUCCGUGGCCCAGGUAGUGACUAAUUUCCAGGAACAGGGGGCGAUGGAAUACACUAUUGUGGUAGCCGAAACGGCAGAUUCACCUGCUACAUUACAAUACCUCGCUCCUUAUACAGGAGCGGCUCUAGCUGAAUAUUUUAUGUACCGUGAACGACAUACUUCAAUAAUUUAUGAUGAUCCCUCCAAACAAGCACAAGCUUAUCGCCAAAUGUCUCUUCUAUUAAGAAGACCACCCGGUCGUGAAGCUUAUCCAGGAGAUGUUUUUUAUUUGCAUUCACGCCUUUUGGAAAGAGCUGCUAAAUCAAGUUCUCGUUUAGGUGAAGGAAGUAUGACUGCUUUACCAAUAGUUGAGACUCAAUCUGGGGACGUUUCGGCUUAUAUUCCUACUAAUGUGAUUUCCAUUACAGAUGGACAAAUAUUCUUAUCUGCCGAUCUAUUCAAUGCUGGAAUCCGUCCUGCUAUUAAUGUGGGUAUUUCCGUCUCCAGAGUAGGAUCUGCCGCUCAAAUUAAAGCCAUGAAACAAGUAGCUGGCAAAUUAAAAUUGGAACUGGCUCAAUUCGCGGAGUUAGAAGCCUUUGCCCAAUUUGCUUCUGAUCUCGAUAAAGCCACUCAGAAUCAAUUGGCAAGAGGUCAACGAUUACGCGAGUUGCUCAAACAAUCCCAAUCAGCCCCUCUCACGGUGGAAGACCAGAUAGUUACUAUUUAUACCGGAGCGAAUGGGUAUCUUGAUCCGUUAGAAAUUGGGCAGGUAAAGAAAUUUCUCGUUCAGUUACGUACCUACUUAAAAACAAAUAAACCUCAGUUCCAAGAAAUCAUAUCUUCUACCAAGACAUUCACCGAGCAGGCAGAAGCCCUUUUGAAGGAAGCUAUUCCGGAACAGAUAGAACUGUUUCUACUUCAGGAACAAACAUAAAGAAAUUGAUCACUCUUAGUACAAGAGGAAUCAUUGAUAAAUGUCUCCGAUUCGAAUCAUUCAAAAUAUGUUUCUUGGCAUAGCAAUCUACACAAAUAGAUGGAAAUAAAUUGCGUCCAAUAGGAUUUGAACCUAUACCAAAGGUUUAGAAGACCUCUGUCCUAUCCAUUAGACAAUGGACGCCUUUCAUUCCGAUUUUCUUCUUUUCUUUCACACUCUUACUUUCCUAUCUCCUGUUCGGAUAAAAGAAUCCGAUUGUAUGUGAGAGAUUUUAGGGAAUAAAGAUGCAUAUCCAAAUCAAUGAUGCAUGUAUCAUAAUAAUGAAUAUGAAGCGGGUAGCGGGAAUCGAACCCGCAUCGUUAGCUUGGAAGGCUAGGGGUUAUAGUCGACGUUGAUUCAUCAUUUUUAACGUCUCUAAUUCAAAACCGAACAUGAAACUUUGGUUUCAUUCGGCUCCUUUAUGGAAGAUGGAUAGAUUCCCGGAUCUAAGGCGUAAACGAAACUACAAAAAAAAGAAAACAUUUACGAUGUAUGGAAAAAGGGAGUUAUAGCAAAUUCGAAUUCAAAGAAAAAAAUUCGAUCCAUAACAUCUAUGUCAGCUUUUCUGUCUGAAUGCAUCCAAAACGACUCGCUUUCUAGAUGAUCCCUCUAGAAGAGGGGGAUUCUAACAAAUCCUUCUAGUUACUUCGUUCUCUAUUUCUACUCACGAGAAUCCUGAGGAAAAGAAUUUUCUUUCCACCGAGCUGAAAAAAUAUGUCGAUGCGACGGCUCUAGUAAACUAAAGUCAUCGUUUAAUAGCUAUUUGGCUUCAAUCUCCCCCUUUACAAAAAAAAAAUGGAAGAUCUAGUUACGAUUAGAAAUACAUUUUUGUAUCUUCAUCCAUGGAUCCUUUACUUAUACUCAUUCAAUUGGAAGGGUUGAUCCAACUUAAAAAAAAAAGAAAUUAUGCUUCGCGAUUCCGUAAUCCAAUGAAUUUUGUUGUUCAAUUUCUAAUGGAUACAAAUCACGAGAAUGUAUAUUCUUCCUCGAAUAUAGCAUUGAGGGGUAAAGGAUUAAACCCUUUUAAGAAAUAAAGUUUUUGAUCGGAAUAUGAAUCAAACCGAAAGACCCCCUAACUAUUUCAGUUGUUAAUAGAACGAAUCACACUUUUACCACUAAACUAUACCCGCUACAAUAUGAUUAUUGUAUACGAAUGGACCAUUUGUCGAACAAGGGAGUGAGACGUAAUCAAGAUAGGAUCAGAAUCAUGAAAAUUGGAGUGAGUCCUGACGUGUUCCGACGGGGGACUUAAUGAAAUAGGAGAAGAAGGUUCAUUUAAAUAACAAGUUAUAUCUUUUCUUUUGCUGGGGGAAUCGUUACUGACAGUUCCGGCCCGAAAGAGCCAUUGAAGUCGGAACAUAAAAAUAAGUUGAAUUGUGGAAGAAUCCAUAACUCCAUUU